UCCCCGCCCCCCCCGCGGCCUCCGCCCACACCCCGAGGCCGUUUAAACGCGGCGGCGGCGCCCCGCGCUCUGGGUGUCGGCAGCAUCGCGGCGGGUCCGCCAACGCACCCCGCUCCUCCCGUCUGUUCGCCCAGCGGAGACGGGGGCGGUUGCCGCCAUGUACCGCUACUUGGGGGAGCUCCUGGUAUCCCGCCUGGCCGCCGGCUCGGUGCUAGCGGGUGCGGAGCCGGGCGGGCCGGCGGCGGCAGCCGGGGGUGCGGUGGUGGCGGCAUGGGGUGGGGGCCGGUCUCCGCGGCGGCACUACUGCGAGGCGGCGAAGAAGGAGGACGACCCCAACUUCUUCAAGAUGGUGGAGGGGUUCUUCGACCGCGGCGCCAGCAUUGUGGAGGACAAGCUGGUCGAGGGGCUGCGCACCCGAGAGAGCAUGGACCAACGACGCCACCGUGUUCGAGGCAUCCUCCGCAUCAUCAAGCCCUGCAACCAUGUGCUCAGCGUCUCCUUCCCCAUCAAGCGCGAUAACGGCGAGUGGGAGGUGAUCGAGGGCUACCGGGCGCAGCAUAGCCAGCACCGCACCCCCUGCAAGGGAGGUAUUCGUUACAGUACAGAUGUUAGUGUGGAUGAAGUAAAAGCCUUAGCAUCUCUAAUGACAUACAAAUGUGCUGUGGUUGAUGUGCCAUUUGGUGGGGCAAAGGCUGGUGUCAAGAUCAAUCCCAAGAACUACACAGACAACGAAUUAGAAAAGAUCACAAGACGGUUUACCAUGGAGCUGGCAAAAAAGGGCUUUAUUGGACCUGGUGUUGAUGUGCCUGCACCUGAUAUGAGCACAGGAGAGAGGGAGAUGUCCUGGAUUGCUGACACCUAUGCCAGUACCAUAGGACACUAUGAUAUUAACGCACACGCGUGCGUCACCGGUAAGCCCAUCAGCCAGGGUGGGAUCCAUGGGCGUGUAUCUGCAACAGGUCGUGGUGUCUUCCAUGGAAUUGAAAAUUUCAUCAACGAAGCAUCAUACAUGAGUAUCCUAGGAAUGACUCCUGGAUUUGGGGAUAAAACGUUUGCUGUUCAGGGAUUUGGUAAUGUGGGCUUGCAUUCCAUGAGAUACUUACAUCGUUUUGGAGCAAAGUGUGUUGCUGUUGGAGAGUUUAAUGGUUCCAUCUGGAAUCCUGAUGGGAUCGACCCAAAGGAACUAGAAGAUUACAAAUUGCAACACGGGACAAUCAUGGGCUUCCCUAAAGCUCAGACACUUGAGGGCAGUAUUCUGGAAACAGACUGUGACAUUCUCAUCCCUGCUGCCAGCGAGAAGCAGUUGACCAAGGCAAAUGCUCACAAGGUUAAAGCAAAAAUUAUUGCUGAGGGUGCCAAUGGGCCUACAACUCCUGAAGCUGACAAAAUCUUUCUGGAGCGGAAUAUAAUGGUUAUCCCUGAUCUCUACUUGAAUGCUGGUGGUGUGACAGUAUCCUAUUUUGAGUGGCUGAAAAACUUGAACCACGUCAGCUACGGCCGCUUGACUUUUAAAUAUGAAAGGGAUUCAAACUACCACUUGCUCAUGUCUGUUCAGGAAAGCUUGGAAAGAAAAUUUGGGAAACAUGGUGGAACUAUUCCAGUUGUGCCUACAGCAGAAUUUCAAGAUAGGAUAUCAGGUGCAUCUGAGAAAGACAUUGUCCACUCUGGGCUGGCUUAUACAAUGGAACGUUCUGCCCGGCAAAUAAUGCGUACUGCCAUGAAGUACAACCUGGGUCUGGACCUGAGAACAGCUGCCUAUGUCAAUGCAAUUGAGAAAGUCUUCAAAGUCUACAAUGAGGCUGGCCUGACCUUUACAUAAAGAGGCUGUUACCUCUCCUUACUGUUCCAUUCCUCUUGCCAUUAAUGUACCCUCUCUCUUCUUGAGAAAGCUUAUCACAAGUUUACAUGUAACCACAAAAUUAUCUUUUCUUCUGACAUUAUAGUGGAUCUACUCUCAAUUAUUUCCAGUCCAAGCUAGUCUUUUUUUACAAUAAUAAAAAAAUCCAUGGAUUAGGAAA